AUGUCCGCCAAUCCCAAUGGCAAUCUAAUGGACAGCAACAUGGAUGAUGCUCAAUUCUUCAAUGGGGCUCACAUGUCCGAGGACUGGUACCAUGGGCACAAGGUCGUAGCCAUGCCUUCGUCAGCCUUUGGUGGUCUCAGCAUCCGUGAGGUUGUCUCUUCGCGCAAUGAGAUAAUGAAUGAGAGCAAUGCUACCAACAACAGCAGCAAUCAGAGACCUCGUAGGAGCACGAGUCUCGGCAGGCAGCCGGUGCGUCCUGGACGAGACAUUAUCCAAGACGUCUACGAUCGAAUGGGAGUUAGCUAUUCACGGCCAAUCAACAACUAUGAAAGCAGCAAUGCCAACAGCCAUCCAGGCUCCUCCAACAAUGGUAGUGUCUAUGACGAUGUUCCUCCUCCGGUGAGCAGUUCUACCCUUCAGACACAACCAUCCUUCAUAGAAAGUGAUUAUACUGCCAACAACAGCACCAUUAAUAACUACAGCACUCCCCCGCCUUCCUCGCGAUCCAGCACUUCUGGAGGAGGCAAAAUGAAAGACAAGUUUAGUGGUAGGUAUCGAGCUGCAGCGGCUGCAACGACACGCUCAACGCCCGAUCGUCCCAGGACUCGUCCACCAGAUCGGGGCAGAAUGACAGAACCGAGAGGCCGAACGGCCGAGCCCGAUUCACAGGAAAGUGAAGGGAGAAGGCGAGCACGGAGUCUUUCGCGGGGAUUGUCCGUUCGGGGACUUUGGCCUCCUCCCAAAGACAACCAACCGUCGGUCGAGGAUGACUCUCCUGUCAUGCAGCACCAGCCGCCGCAGUCCAAAGGAAUACCCGUGGGACACACAAGUGAAAGGUACAGCCAACCCGUGCCACAACAGCAGCCACAGCCCCCGCCGGCAUCGUUGCAUCCACAAAUACUCAACUCGCCAACAUCGGAGCGGCCCAAGUCUCCCAUUAAACGAUCUCAUUCGUUUGACGCCAGGCCACAAUACGGUGGAGGACAUCGAAGUACAGUAGUAGCAGGAGUUCCAAACAGUCUCAUGCAUCACCAAUACCACAACAGCAAAAUGAGGUCACCUCAGACAACAGUGCCGUCGCUGGAGGCCACGAACCCUAGCGUGCCUGAUGCCAACAUGCGCGAUGAAAAGAAGGAGAACGAUGAUCGAUCCACCGAGUCGCCUCCAUUAGAAGAGACACCCUCCAAACCAAAAACCAUGCCUUCUAUCAAGGAUCGUAUCAGCAGUUUUGGGGGAAAAUCACCAGGGACAUCGUCGUCUUCUCAACGCAAUCCACGUCGAAACACUGUUGGUGGAGCAAUUUCGGGAAUCUACAUGAAAUCCGCUGCUCCACCUCCACCCAAAGUGGAUAUCUACAAUCAGACCAAUCGUAUUGCGAACGACGAUCCCUCUGCACCGUCUCAGUAUCUUCCCGACGACAAUCCAAACAGCUUUGACGACAACAAUCAGGAUGGGCCCACCAUGGACAACACUGCCGAGGACUAUCCUACCCAGCAACCAUCGGAACCUUCCUCUGCCGAAGCCAAGUACAUGCGUCCAAGUCAGAUGGUCAUGUCCAAGAAGGCAGCGUCAAGCCGUCAGUCAGCAGCAGGAAGUGCGAGAUCAUCCAUUGCAAGUUCCUAUUUGAGUGGCAUCCAAUCGUCUGGAACCACCAGGAACCCGUUUCCUGCAGCACCCAUGUCGGAUAUCAGUACCAACAGCAACAAUCAGUACGCGGACGACAGUGCAAUCCCUACUUCGGGUCAAUUGGACGAUGAAAAGUCUGAAGGAGGCAAGUCUUCUCUUUCGUACGGAGCCGAUCAAGACCGUAGAAGUAAGAAUUCGGUGUGGCGCAAGGCAGCAGCAGCGUCUUAUGCGAAUCACGUUGCAACCAAGGGAAUGGAGAGCAGCGGUGCCAAUGCGGUUGCAGCUGCGGUGCCGAAUAUCCCCCAAGGCAACAUCAGUGCCAAUGCUGCCAACAGCACUGGUUUGUCUGUGGAAACGAUUGAACGAAUGGUGGAUGAACGCGUGCAAAUCCAGCUGAGGGAGGUAGAAGCCCGCAUGGAGGGUCUCUUGCGCAGAUGGAUGGAUCAAAUGAACAACAAGAUUACCACUCGUUUGGAUGCCAUGGAAGCCAGCAUCAAAGAGUCCAUGUCGGAUUCCUUCCCACGUCACGAGAUUUGA